UUAAUUCGCUCUUGUUUAGUUCUCAAUGGAUGCCAACAACAUCAGCCACGACACGCGAUCAGAUGUAAAACGAAGGACGUGUUCACCGGACGUAAACGCAAGCGAACGGCUGAAUAUGAGUCAAAUGUCGUGAAUGUGAACGUAUUUACUACCUGACCAGAUGAAACGACUGAGAUCGCUAUGAAGACGAGUGAGGACUGCGUUUAGAUGAAUCCAGAUGUGCUGCAUGGCCUGACAGAGCGACAGACAGACAGAGGGCAUCGUCUCUCUGUUUAUAAACACACAUCCCUUCAUAGAAAGGAACAGCACGGGUGGAUUGAUGCACCCUUUUCAGUGGUGCAACGGGUGCUUCUGCGGCUUGGGACUGAUCUACUCCAAUAAGACCUGCACUAUGCCAUCCGUCACCUUCCAGGACCUUCCUCUCAAUAUCUAUAUGGUGAUCUUCGGCACAGGCAUCUUCGUCUUCGUACUCAGUCUCAUAUUCUGCUGCUAUUUUAUAAGUAAAUUGAGACAUCAAGCCCAAAGUGAACGCUUUGGAUACAGAGAGGUCAUUUUAAAAGGAGAUCCAAAGAAGCUGAAUCUUCAUGGGCAGACAUGUGCCGUGUGCUUGGAGGACUUUAAGGUGAAAGAUGAGCUGGGAGUGUUGCCAUGCCAACAUGCCUUUCACAGGAGGUGUGUGGUGAAGUGGCUGGAGGUGCGCUGCGUCUGCCCCAUGUGUAAUAAACCCUUAGCGGGAUCCUCCGAGCAGCACCAGAGCAUAGGCACACUGCUGGAUGAGCUAGUGUAGCGCUCAGAAGCUUCUGGAAAGAGAAAAGACCAACAUCAGUCUUCAAAAACUCUCUCUCUGGAGUCUUUUUUUUUUUUUUUUUUACAGACAUGAACAGACCUGACUGUGACUCUCACUGUAUUGUGAGACUGAACCUCACAGAUGAGCUCAAGAGGCAUGUUUUCUCAAUAAAACACUAAGGGAGACCGUAGAUUCUUGACUGAAGAAACUUCUAGGCUAAGGCUUUGUAUCUUUUGAGUAAAAUAGCCUUUAAUUUAACACCUAAUGCUAACUGAGCUGUUCAGUCAUAAUGUCGGUUUGUAUGCUAACCCAGAAGGCUAAUUCACCUCCGGUUCCCUCAGGAAUUCAUAAGGGGUUUUUAAUUGAGCGGGUUUUGAUUUCUGAUUAAAACAAGGCCUGUGGGAAACACUAUUUUUAAGAUUUAUGAAGAACUUCAAUUGGGAAACCCUUGAGUGCUUUAUAAACUCAAGCUGCUACAUACAGUAAGAACUACAACUACCACAUGUGUGUUUACACACUUGAUGAAACAAACAACCAUUGUAGUCUUUAUGUAGCGACUUUUUAAAGCACAAAAAAAAAUUUAAUUCUCAUUUGAGGUAUGAAUAUGUGUAAUUUGUGUUGUACAACAAAAUGUGCCAAAAUUAAAUGUAAACAGACCACUAAAAAAACCAACAAACUCCUGUGAGAAACCCUCUGAGUUUUAGGACUACAAACUGAAUAUCUGUAAUGUAAAUGCUCUACAUCAGACCAGCUGAGGAGGAAACAGGAUUUACAUCAUUCCAGCACUGAACACUGCGACCGCAAGUGACAGCAGCACAGUACACUGGGCCCAAAGAACUUUAUCACAGUGUGUGUGUGUGUGUGUGUGUGUGUGUGUGUGAGUGAGUGUGUUUUACAGUCAUCAGUAGUAGUGUUGGAUGUCUCGUUCACUCUAGAUUAUGUGUGCACAAAUCAUCGACUGUCUUAAGAGAUUUUAAGCAAACACUACCACAGUUCCCGGAGUCCCGGACACAGAAAUGGGCUGCCAGUGAAAACACAAGUGGCUUUCUUUUUGUAUUUCAAGUUUUUGUGUUUGUUCACUGUAAUCUGGUUGCCGUUGUUACUACCUGCAGUGUUUUAGUCUAUGUUUUCACACCAAAAAAAAAAAAAAACCUUUUUGAAAGCAUUUUUCUGUGCAGCAUGUUUCAUUUUCUAUUAUGUGUGUGUGCAGCCGUCUUUUAUAUGACCUUUUAGCUAAGUGAAAUAUUUUAAGCACUUCAUAAUUUUCAGUUUAAUAGAUGUAGUAGAACAUGACCUUUUCAUUAUAUUUCAUUACAUUUUAAGUAUAAAAGUGGUCAACGGAAGGAUGUGGAAUGUGUCAUUU